UUAGGUCAUGUAUGAAUGUUGUAAUAUUUUACGUGAAAGGCGUCUUGUCUUUACAGAUCAAAGCGAAGCAUACGUGAUUUCAAAGGAACAAUUCUAAGCGAUCUGGCAAAAUGUUUUCUAAGUAUGCUGAAACAGCCAAGUCCAAUAUAUUUAGCAACCCAGUUUCUGCAACUAGUGGUUCUAAUUCCGAAUUAAAAUCAAUUAAAAGUCAACGACAAGCUUUAAUGCCAGCUGUUUCAGAAGAUUAUAGUUGUGAAUUUGGAUCUUUAAAAUACUAUGCUCUGUGUGGUUUUGGUGGAAUUGUAUCAUGUGGCUUGACUCACACCUUAGUUGUUCCACUUGAUCUAGUCAAAUGCAGAAUUCAGGUAGAUCGGGCAAAAUAUAAAAAUAUUGGCAAUGGUUUUCGUGUUACUGUCGCUGAAGAGGGGCUUCGCGGACUCACAUUAGGCUGGGCUCCAACUUUAAUUGGUUAUUCUAUGCAAGGGUUGUGUAAGUUUGGGUUUUAUGAACUUUUUAAAAAUAUCUAUAGCAGUAUGAUUGGCGAAGAAAAAUCUUACCUAUAUCGAACUUCCCUUUAUCUUGCUGCUUCUGCAAGUGCUGAAUUUUUUGCUGACAUUGCUCUUGCUCCAAUGGAAGCUGUAAAAGUUAGAAUGCAGACAUCACCAGGGUUUGCUAGAUCAUUGGGACAAGGGCUCUCUAAGAUUUAUACAUCAGAAGGCAUUUCAGGGUUUUAUAAAGGUCUGCCUCCACUUUGGAUGCGACAAAUACCUUACACAAUGAUGAAGUUUGCAUGUUUUGAACGUACUGUUGAGGGACUUUAUAAAUAUGUUGUUCCAAAACCUCGAAAUGAGUGCUCAAAAGCAGAACAGUUAGUUGUUACAUUUGCAGCUGGAUACAUUGCUGGAGUUUUUUGUGCUGUAGUAUCUCAUCCUGCUGAUACAGUUGUAUCAAAGUUAAAUAAUAGCGCAGGCAGUACUCCUAUUCAAGCAGCUAGAGAACUAGGAAUGAAAGGAUUGUGGGCUGGUCUUGGUCCUCGAAUUAUAAUGAUAGGUACAUUGACUGCUCUACAAUGGUUUAUUUAUGACAGUGUAAAAGUAGCUUUCCGUAUUCCACGACCACCACCUCCAGAAAUGCCUCAAAGUCUUAAAGAUAAACUGGCUGUUAAGCAACACUAAUUGUGUAUAUAUUUAAAAAAAAAGCCAAAUUCCAUAAAAAUUGUUUAUGUUUUAUAGCUUGUUUUUAGAUUAAAAUAUUUCUGAAUUUUAA